UUAUAACAAAGCCAUUUCUGCUGGGGCAGUGAAUGUCUGCAGUGGAGAUCCAAUGCAGAAACACACAUGAAGCUGGAUAUAGUCAGCAGCUCGGGCGGCAGGAGCGAGAGGGGGGAGGGCUGAUGACCCAGAGGGUCUAAGAAAACACAUGGACCGAGCUGGGAAAGAGAGGAAAGCAACUUGUUCAACAGCAGGGCACUAUGAAUGGCUUGAUCUCUCCAGCCCGUUUCCUGAGGGGUGCACGCACCAGUGUGGCCGUGUGGAGCAGGCGUGCGUCACUGGGUUUGUACGGAGCUCGGGGUGAACGAUGCAUCUGCACCAACGCCAGUCUGAACUCCAGCUUCGCGGAGCAGAAGUCCAAAAGACAUUGUGUGCUGCCUGGACGCAGGGCAGACCCCCUUCCUGAUGUAUUCAUCCGACACAAAAGCUCAAAGAAGAAGAAUAAGAAAAUGCCCUCACAGGAGGAGGAGGAUGAGGAGGGAGAGGACACUGAGGGAAGUGAGUCCGAGGGCGAAUCUGCCAGAGAGGAAGAUGAUGUUGCCCAGCCAAAGACUUACAAAGACCUCGAGAAAGUAGUGGCAUCUUUUCGGUUUGAUCUCGUCAUGAAAGCUGGUCUGGAUGUGGCAAGGAACAAAGUGGAAGAUGCCUUCUAUUCCAACAAACUGAGGCUGAACGGAGAAAGGUUACUGAAGAAGAGCAAAGUGGUGAAGGAGGGCGAUAUCCUGGACCACAUCACCGGGGAGGACAAAGAAGCUGAAACGGUCACCGUCAUGAGGGUGAUGCUGCGGAAAGUUGCCGGGGAAAUGACGGACACGGACAAAUACAGAGUGACCUUGAGACGCUGGAAACACCUGAUGCUGCCGAGAUCAGACGUGUACAAGUAAAAAUAUAGACAAUAGGUGCAGGAGUUUGGCCAUUGGGCCCUUCGAGCCAGCACCGCCAUUCAAUGUGAUCAUGGCUGGUCAUCCACCAUCAGUACCCCGUUCCUGCCUUCUCCCCAUAUCCCCUGACUCCACUAUCUCUAAGAGCCCUAUCUCGCUCUAUCAUGAAAGUACCCAGAGAACCGGCCUCCACCGCCCUCGGAGAAUUCCACAGACUCACAACUCUCUGUGAAAAAAAGUGUUUCCUCAUCUCCGUUAUAAAUGGCCAACCCCUGACUCUUAAACUGUGGCCCCUGGUUUUGGACUCCACCAACAUCGGGAACAUGUUUCCUGCCUCUAGCGUGUCCAUGUCCAAACCCUUAAUAAUCUUAUAUGUUUCAAUAAGAUCUCCUCUCAUCCUUCUAAACUCCAGAGUGUACAAGCCCAGCUGCUCCAUUCUCUCAGCAUAUGACAGUCCCGCCAUCCCGGGAAUUAACCUGGUAAACCUACGCUGCACUCCCUCAAUAGCAAGAAUCACACAUGUGACGCACCAGGGACCAGAAUAAACAUCGACGUAAUCAACUGUUGUUACCCAUAGCAACUUGAGGUGUUCCUGACAACUUGUAUAUCUGUGAAGGUGCUCACGAUUGUAAGACCAUAAGACACAGGAGCAGAAUUAGGCCAUUGAGCCCAUCAAGUCUACUCCCGCCAUUCGAUCAUGGCUGAUCUAUCUCUCCCUCUCAACCCCAUUCUCCUGCCUUUGUUUCCACUGUGUUGGCCUCAGGUUAGUUCAUUGUCACGUGUAGCAAGGUACAAUGAAAAUCUUUUGUUGCGUGAUAACCAGCCAGUGGAAAGACAAUAGACAAUAGGUGCAGGAGUAGGCCAUUUGGCCCUUCGAGCCAGCACCGCCAUUCAAUGUGAUCAUGGCUGAUCAUCCCCAAUCAGUACCCCGUUCCUGCCUUCUCCCCUUAUCCCUUGACUCCGCUAUUUUUAAGACCCCUAUCUAGCUCUCUCUUGAAAGCAUCCAGAGAACCGGCCUCCACCGCCCUCUGAGGCAGAGAAUUCCACAAUACACGAUUACAAUCGAGCCAUUGUAUACAUUGUCUCAACCCCAUUCUCCUGCCUUCCCCCCGUAACCUUUGACGUCCUUAUCUUAUGAGCAUUGAAUUCUCCACUCUGUAUCAGGUUCAUCUGUCAAAGGAGCAGAAUUAGGCCAUUCGGCCCAUCGAGCCUGUUCCACCAUUCAUUCAUGGCUGAUCUAUCUCUCCCUUUCAACCCCAUUCUCCACCCUUCUCCCCAUAACCCCUGACACCCGUACUAAUCAAGAAUCUAUCUAUCUCUACCUUAAAAAUACCCAACAACUUGACUUCCACAGCCUCCUGUGGCAAUGAAUUCCACAGAUUCACCACUGACUGGCGAAAUAUAUUCCAAGAAGUCUGAAGAAGGGUUUCGGCCCGAAACGUUGCCUAUUUCCUUCGCUCCAUAGAUGCUGCUGCACCCGCUGAGUUUCUCCAGCUUUUUUGUGUACCUUCGAUUCUCCAGCAUCUGCAGUUCCUUCUUAAACACAAAAUAUAUUCCUCCUCAUCCUUCCUAAAGGUAAGCCCUUUUAUUCUUAGGCUGUGCUCUCUGGUCCUAGACUCUCCCACUAGUGGAAACAUCCUCUCCACAUCCACUCUAUCCAGGCCUUCCACUAGUUUGUAAGUUUCAAUGAGCCCCCCCCCGCCCUUGUCCUUCUUAACUCCAGCGAGUACAGGCUCAGUGCUGACAGACGCUCAUCAUAUGUUAACCCAAUUAUUGCCCUCUGGUCCUAGACUCUCCCACUGGUGGAAACAACCUCUCCACAUCCACUCUAUCCAGGCCUGUCCUGACCAAAUAGUGAUAGAGGAAACAAAACGCAAGUUGUUUUUCCAUUUACAUUUCCAAUACUUUCUACAUGAAGAACAUCUCCAAGAAUUUCCAGUGGAAGGACGAUUUGAAAUGGUGGCUGUGAUACGUGCAGUUUAGAAAGGGCUUGUGAAGACAGUGAGUGAGGUUUAUGCAACAGAAAUCACACAAGGAACUGCAGAUGCCAGAGUCUUUUGUGAAGAACAAAAGUGCUGGAGGAACUCAGCGGCUCAGGCAGCAACUGUGGAGGAAAUAGACAGACAAUGUUUCAGAUCUGGAUCAUUUUUCGACUGAUUGUAG